UUUGGGCAGAGAGAGCUCCAGCGGCUCUGAGGACGUGCUGAGAACACGACCCGACAACAUACAUUAUGAGGACAUACUCUGAGUUUCUGUCGGACUAACGCUACAUUGGUUGUGGAGGCUCCUGCUGCAGUCCAUGUGAAUAUAGCAGCCUGGUGAAUAUUUGGCGCCGACUUCUCCCGCUCUACCAAGAUGGGGAACAGAUUAUCAGACCAUCACUCCCUCUUCUCCUGCCUGCCGUCCUUCCAGGCUCUCCACAUCGUCAUUCUAGGACUGGACAGCGCAGGAAAGACCACCGUUUUGUACCGCCUGCGCUUCAAUGAGUUUGUGAACACCGUCCCGACGAAGGGUUUUAACAACGAGAAGAUCAAAGUGUCACUGGCAGGUAGCAGACGGACAGUGUCCUUCCACUUCUGGGACGUGGGCGGUCAGGAGAAGCUCCGCCCUCUGUGGCGUUCUUACACUCGAUGCGCCGACGGCAUCGUGUUCGUGGUGGACUCGGUGGACGUGGAGCGGAUCGAGGAGGCCAAGACGGAACUGCACAAGAUCACGCGGCUGGCGGAGAACCAGGGAGUGCCGGUUCUGGUGGUGGCUAACAAACAGGACCUGAGGAACUCCGUCAGCCUGGCUGAGAUGGAGAGCAUGUUGGCUCUAGGGGAGCUCAGCACCCCCACUCCCUGGCACCUCCAGCCUGCUUGUGCUAUCAUUGGUGAGGGAUUACAGGAAGGUCUGGAGAAGCUGCACACCAUGAUCAUGAAGAGGAGAAAGAUGCUUUGGCAACAGAAGAAAAAGAGAUGAUGUGCUUACAGGAAAAGCAAAUUUGAGCUGGGACUAAAGCUACUUAGGAACUAGUGUGAGCUGCAUACAAUCUGAACAGUCAUUUGGCUCUAAUGAAGUCUGACUGGCUGAGUUGGACCCUGUUUGUUCAGGUCGGUGAGGGUCUGGCUCCAACAGGACAGUGGGAUUAGUUUUGCUCCAUGGAUAUUUAAUGCCAACAAUCCUGUCAGCAACAAGUCAUUCAUUAAGAAGUCCAGUAUUAUGCUGAAGUUUACACCGAACUCUUUAAAGUGGACAAUGAGCUUUGACUUGCCUGUUUUAUGUUACUUGUUCAAAUGUGCGGCGACUUGAGAUGGGUAUCGUCAGGGUGUUAUUGAUACUGAUGCUGCUUAUCAAUAACAUACACUACCGGUCAAAAGUUUUAGAACACCCCAAUUUUUGCAGUUUUUUAUUGAAAUUCGAGCAGUUCAAGUCCAAUGAACAGCUUGAAAGGGUACGAAGGUAAGUGGUGAACUGCCAGAGGUAAAUAAAAAAGGUAAGCUUAACCAAAACUGAAAAAUCAUGUACAUUUCAGAAUUAUACAAGUAGGCCUUUUUCAGGGAACAAGAAAUGGGUUAACAACUUAACUCUAUGGAGUCUUGGGCUAUUUUGUCCAUUUUUGAAUUCUUUUCAUGUCUUUGUAAGUCAUUUUG